AUCCACGCAAUGGCUGAGGAGCAAGCUGCACACCACUUGCUCAACGUGCUGGAAGAGCGAGAGCUCAAUGUUGAUUUGGACAAAGUACUGCUGGCUUUCGAGGAUGAGCGUACGAAGAGGGAGACCGCGGAAUGGGUGAAUGAGUAUCUACAUGAGGAGACGCUGUUGACGAAGGAGGAACUGCAGCUAUAUCAAACUCUCAGGAAAAGGGGGAUCCUCCCCCAAUACGAAGCCGAAGACGAACCCAUCCGUCCCAUCUUGGACCAUGAGCUUGCGUCGGCAAUUGAAUCUCUCCAGAGCUCAACCGCUGCGAUCGAGGAGCAGUCUAAAGUCUUGGAAGCCCAGCGGGAUGCCUUGAUGAGGCUGAAAGCGCUGGACAAGCCGAAUCUCGAAGUCGAGCAUCUAAGGAAUGAAAGGAGGCGAAAGGAACAUCAAGAGAAGACCAGGCUUGACAUUGCUGUCAAUGAUAUCUCAACGACCAUCAAUGAGCAGCUGAUGGAUACGCGACGCGAAAUUGACACCGAGAAGGCAACUUUGAAGAGCUAUCUGACAGAUAGACUCGCGUCAGAUGAUCAGAUUCUAAGUCGCCUGCCAGGUAUCGUAUCACAGAUCGUCGCCGAGCCCGCAGUCAACGAGGACGAGAAGUCCAUUGAGCAGUGGUGCAAGGCCAUUAUCUCCUAUAGAACCGCGGAGAUCCGAGCAAGAGUUGAUGCAGUCUACCUCAAGAGCUUGUCGCAGCCUCCUCCUGCUGAACUUGCGAAUGCACCAGAAGCUGAGCUACGCGAACAAAAGGCAGAUCUCCAGGCUGACUUGGAUGAUCUCCACUCGCAAAUAGCGUCUGUUGCGGAAAUGGUGGUCGACCACCAGUUGAGGAACCCGCUCAUGGGUAUGAAGGAGCGCAAGGAUAGAGAGAGGAGCCAGACCCGAACCGCUUGGCUCCAAUAUGUUCUAUCGACGCUCGAAUAUAUGGGCAAGCGCCUCGACACCGUCACUGCGUAUACUAGGAAUGUCGACGAAUUCCAGCAGGCUCUCACUCACAUCAGUGAAGCAGCAGCAAAGAGAAUUCCUGAUGCAAACGGAGAGCCCGCGACGCCGGCAAGGAAGCGCACAAUAUCUACACCAAAAUCGGCAUUUUCCCCAGCGAUAAAGCUGAAACCAUCGAAAUCGCUUGAUCUGCCGCCAGCGUUGCAAGAGGCUCUCCGUCAUGCAAGCAUCUCCUUCAACCAGGACAGCGUGGACGCACUUCUGGACUCUUUGAGUAACAUUCAGCUCGAACGGAAUACGAAAUUGCAGGACCACUACAGCUCUUCGUCGUCGUCUGCCCACGAGAACUUGGCAGAGCGCUUUAGCAAGGCCGAUGGUGAACUGAAGACGAUCUUGAAUGCUUUGUACUCGCAUACGCCAUUCCAGCAGGUACAAUUGACAAACCCGAAGCUGGAAAAUCGGUUGGGGAAUAUGGAGAAGGAGCUUGAAAAGGCUGACCAGCAGUUGCUGGAAGCCGAGGCAAAUGAACUGAGCUUGAGUGAUGCGAAGGUCAGGUCAUUUAUUGGAAAGUAUGGGAAGUAGACGCUCAACGGGAC